GGAGGAAAGAGGCGGCUUACACACGCCUCCCAGUCUCCCCACUCAGAGCAGCUCGGAGUGCUGCUGCUGCUGUUGCCAUCCCUGCUGCUGCUCUUGCUGCUACCAACUGCUGCCCACCUGAGGAGACCGCCUGGACCCGCCGCCCCCUGUUGCCACCCCUGGCUAUUCCUUCCUACCACCGGCUUUUUACGCACAUUGCCACUACUAUCAUCGUUAUUAUCCCAAGAGAAGGGAAAUAACAGACCAGCCAAAAAGAACCACGUACACCUUUUCGAAUUGCUCAAGUGUCUCCCAGGAAGAGAGAGGGUAGCAGGUCCCCGGAGAAGCAGCCAAGGGGCCAAGGGCUAGUGUUGUAGGUAAGAGGAGCUGGGGCACUGCGUGGUGGAAAGUUACGUGCGGCAGAGACCCGAAGGUGCAGCUCCACAGCCCACGGGGCUGUGUGUCUGGGAGAAGCCGCUGCCCUCUGCGUCCCGACCCGCGAGUGCGCGGGCAGCGAGGGGCACUGAGGACGCUACUUCUUACGUCGCGGACUGUGUUCGGUGGCUUCGGAGGAUGAGGAGGAAUAUGGCAACAAAGGCUGCCCCCUCCUGCGGUCUGGUCUUCUGCCUCUUGAUCUCCGCAGCUGUCCUCAGGCCAGGCCUUGGAUUAUAUACUGUAAAUUCAGCAUAUGGAGAUACCAUUAUCAUGCCUUGCCGACUCGAUGUACCUCAGAACCUCAUGUUUGGCAAAUGGAAAUAUGAAAAGCCCGAUGGCUCCCCAGUAUUUAUUGCCUUCAGGUCCUCUACAAAGAAGAGUGUGCAUUACGACGACGUUCCAGAGUACAAAGACAGACUGAGCCUCUCAGAAAACUACACAUUGUCUAUCAGUAAUGCGAGGAUCAGCGAUGAGAAGAGAUUUGUGUGCAUGCUAGUGACUGAGGACAAUGUGUUUGAAGCACCGACGAUAGUCAAGGUGUUCAAGCAACCUUCUAAACCUGAAAUUGUUAGCAAAGCACCAUUUCUUGAAACAGAGCAGCUGAAAAAGCUGGGUGACUGCAUUUCAAAAGACAGUUACCCUGAGGGCAACAUCACCUGGUACCGGAGCGGACAAGGGCUGCAGCCCCUGGAAGAAGCGGUGGUCAUAAUUUUUAAAAAGGAAGUGGACCCAGUAACUCAGCUGUAUACCAUGACUUCAUCGCUGGAGUACAAGACAACCAAGGCUGACAUACAAAUGCCAUUCACCUGCUCUGUGACAUAUUACGGACCAUCAGGCCAGAAAACACUUUAUUCUGAACAAGCAGUCUUUGAUAUCCACUACCCUACAGAGCAGGUGACAAUACAAGUGCUGCCACCAAAAAGUGCCAUCAAAGAAGGAGACAACAUCACUCUGAAAUGUUUGGGAAAUGGAAACCCUCCUCCUAAGGAGUUUUUGUUUUACUUACCAGGACAGCCCGAAGGAAUAAGAAGCUCAAAUAACUACACACUGACGGAUGUGCGGCGCAAUGCAACCGGAGACUACAAAUGCUCCCUGGUGGACAAGAAGAGCAUGAUCGCUUCCACCACCAUCACAGUCCACUAUUUGGAUUUGUCCUUAAACCCCAGUGGGGAAGUGACCAAGCAGAUUGGAGAUGCCCUGCCCGUGUCCUGCACGAUAUCUGCUAGCAGGAACGCAACCGUGGUGUGGAUGAAAGAUAACACCAGGCUUAAAUCUAGCCCAUCAUUUUCUAGUCUCCAGUAUCAGGAUGCUGGGAACUAUGUCUGUGAAACUGCUCUGCAGGAGGUGGAAGGACUAAAGAAACGAGAGUCCUUGACUCUCAUUGUAGAAGGAAAACCUCAAAUCAAAAUGACAAAGAAAACUGAUCCCAGUGGACUGUCUAAAACAGUGAUCUGCCACGUGGAAGGAUUUCCGAAGCCAGCUAUACAGUGGACAAUUACUGGGAGUGGAAGCGUCAUAAACCAAACAGAGGAAUCCCCUUAUAUCAAUGGCAGGUAUUAUAGUAAAAUUAUCAUUUCCCCUGAAGAGAAUGUUACAUUAACUUGCACAGCAGAAAACCAGCUGGAGAGAACAGUAAACUCCAUGAAUGUCUCUGCUAUAAGUAUUCCAGAACACGAUGAGGCAGACGAGAUAAGUGAUGAAAACAGAGAAAAGGUGAAUGACCAGGCGAAGCUGAUUGUGGGAAUCGUCGUUGGUCUCCUCCUUGCCGCCCUCGUCGCGGGUGUCGUCUACUGGCUGUACAUGAAGAAAUCAAAGACCGCAUCUAAACAUGUAAACAAGGACCUUGGUAAUCUGGAGGAAAAUAAAAAGUUAGAAGAAAACAAUCACAAAACAGAAGCCUAAGAGACAAGCUGUUUUCAUUGUUGUCCAGAGAAAAAACUAUAUAGGCCAAAUGAAGCAUGAACGUGGAUUGUAUUUAAGACAUAUACAAAGACAUUGACAGCAAUUCAUGGUUCAAAUAUUAAGCAGUUCAUUCUACCAAGCUGUCACAGGAUUUCAGAGAAUUAUCUCAAGUCAAACAAUGAAAUGAAAUUGCAAACAAUAACAAGUUUUGGCAGCCAUGAUGAUAGGUCCAUGUUGUAUUUGGUUUGAUUUUUUUUUUUCUGUAAAUGUCUGCACUGAGGAUUUUCUUUGGGUUUGCCUUUUCUGUAAAUUUUUUACGUAGCUAUUUUUAUACACUGUAAGCUUUGUUCUGGGAGUUGCUGUUAAUCUGAUAUAUAAUGUAAUGUUUUUAUUUCACUUGUUUAUAUGGAUAAUCUGAGCAGGUACAUUUCUGAUUCUGAUUGCUAUCAGUAAUGCCCCCAAACUUUUUCACAAGCACCUGAAUCCCAAAGGUGGCAGCUUGUGAAGACUGGGGACACAAACAUUGCCCUAUUCCAAAACCGUGAUUGUUAUCACAAAAGGGGGAGGCAGAGAGUCGGAUUGAUAAAUGCCAGAUGAGCUGAUUCUAUGAAUGCACCACCCGCUGCCUCUCAGAAGCAAAUCACACAUGCGAAUAGACAUAUAUACAUAAUGACAGUACUCCCAAACUACAUGUUUGCCUAUACUGAAAACAAUGUAACAGAAUUUGGGUAACACUUACCUUUAGAUACUCCUGCUAGUAAAUUAUUUUCUGUCAAAAAAAAAAAAAAACCCUAUGUGUGAGAGACAGUACAGUUUGGAAAAAAUCAUGGAUUACAUUUCCAUUUUCAUAGAUCACAAUGUAAAUCACUGUAUUUAAAAAUUAUUGUUAAAUCCUUUGGGUUAUCCACUGCCUUAAAAUUAUACCUAUUUCCUUUUUAAAAAGAUAUCAGUCAGAAUUGGAGAUUUUUAACAGUGGUCAUUAUCAAAGCUGUGUUAUUUUCCACAGAAUAUAGAAUAUAUAUAUUUUUUCGUGUGUGUUUUUGUUAACUACGCUACAGAUAUUGAAUGCACUUGAGAUAAUUUAGUGUUUUUAACUGAUACAUAAUUUAUCAAGCAGUACAUAAAAGUGUAAUAAUAAAAUGUCUAUGUAUCUUUAGUUACAUUCAAAUUUGUAACUUUAUAAACGUGUUUUAUGCUUGAGGAACUUUUUAGAGUGGUAGUAUAAAUGGCAACUUUUUGAAGUAGACUGGAUAUGGGCCAAUAGCUACUUGUGAAUAGACUUUUAAACUUUGUUCUUUCAAGCAGAAGCCUGGAUUCUGGGAGAAUACUGCACAGCCAUUUUUGUCCCAGGAUUUACAUAACUUUAUAGAAAAAGAAAAUGAACAUCAGAUUUCCAGGUAUAAAACUGUGUUCUUUGGGAGGAAGAGGAAAACUGGUAUUUGUUUUUUAGACCUUGAAGUAAAAAUUAUGAAGAUGAUGAAAAAUAAAUUGAAGAUUAAAGUGAGAGGGAGAUUAGGGAGAAUAUUUUGCCACUUCUGCAUUAUUUAGAAACACAUGUUAUUGUACAUUUGUAAACCAUUCACUGCCUGGGCCGUAGUGACUCAGUUUAAUGAAAGCUUCCUGUAGUGGAUUGGUAGGGAUUAAAUACACAUAAUAUCCUAUUAGACUCGAAGCUGUGUAAAAUACUAUGGGAAAAAAGAAAAUAUGUUAUUUUGCCUCUAAACUUUGAUUUACUGAAGUUUUAUUUGGUAGGGAGAAAAUUGAAUUUUGGUCUAUAUUUAAACCAAAGUGAAAGGGGAAAAACCAAAGUUAUUUGUUUUGCAUGGCCAAGCCAUCCUGUUAUCUCUGUAAAUACUGUGAUUUCUCUUUUUCCUUUUCUUUUUUAGAAUUUUGUUAAAGAAAUUCUAAAAAUUUUAAACACCUGCUUCCAUAAUAAACCAUGAACACUAAAAUGAUAUCACUUCCAUAUAAAUACUUUUCUUUUGGUGUGAGAGAUCAAGGGUCAGUCUAUCUCCUAAGCUGUGAUUGCAGGAGGGAGCAGUGCGACAGUGGAAAGAGGGGGUAUACUGUGAUUAUUUAUUGGCUUUCACUUGCUGUGGUAAAGUAAGUCCAAAAGCAGCUGUCGUAACCUAGAGAGCAGAACAUUCACAACACAGAGCAUGGACAGAAAGCAGAAAGUUGGCCGGGCAAGGCUGGACAGUGUGAGGACAACCGAAUCAGGGCCUGGAUGAAAGGGAAAGCUUCUUUGUGUGACAGCAGUGGCAGAGCGUACACAGCGAGGCCGGGGAGGAAGGUCAUGCACUGUCCUCGACUUCCAAGGCGGCUUCUCUUCAAUUUAAUCCUUUGGCCACAAGAGGCAGGUUUCGCCAGUUCAAGUUUCACUUCCAAUCUUUGAUUACAGGAAUUGUAUGUGGAAAUGGAUUAACAUACCCAUCUAUGCCUAAAAGAUAAUAAAACUGAAAUAUGUCUUCACA